GGAAGAGGAAGAUACGUUAGCUUGCAUGUGCUUUGGUCCUGUGUGUUUUGGUUUUUUUUGUCUAUUUGUUUAAUUUUUUUUUCAACCCUGUCGAAGCGAGUGGUUAAUUUUAAUGAGCACAUGAUGAUCCGCAGACGCAAGAGUACUAUACAAAAAUACGACCCUCCCUAUUCGAAGAAACCGGCGCCCAAAGCCUACAGUGAGCGCUCUAGCAAUCACCAUCCGGAGGUUGUGGCGCUUGAUAAUGUCAACAAAAUUCUUACCUUUGGAAGUAUGCCUACUUACAGCUGCGACCAACGUGUGUUAUUCCAACAGCAACCAAACGUGACCGCAGACGGCUCGCGACUCAAGGAGCACAAGACGCCGAUGAAGAGGAUGGGAGGAAUGUACGAUGAGGAUGGAGGUACGGGCGCCGAAGACGUUGUCUCUGUCAUUGAUCUACCACCUAACAGUUUGACAAAGUUACCUGAGAAGGGAAUUUUAAAGAAACACGGUGGUUACGGACUACCAGACAGCGCCAUGGUGGCUCAAACCUUGAGCAGCUUGAACGGGUACCACGGAGAACUAAUGGAGGCCCUGAGGAAUGCGACGAGCCACCGCGGGAUGUCAGGAACUCCCUCAGGUUCUGGGAACCUGAUGGACGACGAGAUGAUCCGUAAGUCGCUGGCAGAGUGCGGCUACCCGGACGGAUAUCGAAAGGCGACCGCGGACUCAGGGCAGGACAACAUCGACAAUCAGGACGAUGACGACGAGGAGGACGUUCCUCCCACCUGCGGGCCUAUCCGGAUCCGCACCCUCGAGGACAUAAUCCGGCAAUUAGAGGUCCACUCCGCACGGCACAUGAGUCCGAACGGAUCUGAGGACAUGCGGAUUUCCGAGAACGAGGGGGACCGGCACUACCGGAUAGACUCUUCUGUCUGUAGCGAGUCCUCCCAGGGAAGCAGAAGGUGCAGCCGCGGUCGCGAGGAUGAUCGAUUCGUCUACGGUCGAUAUCGUCAGCCGUCGUCGCGAAGCCCGUACGGCACUCACCAGCAUUCGCACCAGCAUUCCCACCAAAUGCACGAGGAGGAGGGAAUCUAUGAAACAGCCGAUCCUGACAGAGGCUCAAACACUAGGGGCGAAACGCCCGAUAGCGAAAGUGAUGCAUUUAUUCAAGCUCAACAACAAUUAGCCCGGUGGACGAGUGAGGAUCGGCUCCAACAUCGGGCGCCACAACAGCCGCCACCGUCUCCGCCGCCAUCGACAGCUGUUCAUCUUCGUCAAGUUCAUCUUCAUCAGCCGCAACAACUAUUGGUCACCCAGCCGCCAACUUCAAAAGAUCAAUUGCCGAUACGAGAUCGGGGAUAUUAUCCACCACCGUCAUCAGCGCUGGCGCCCAAAGAUCUAAAUGGACUACAAGAUGUUGACGGACUAGGCAAAAAUAGCCGGAUUAAUGUUAACGGCGAAGCCAUAAAUGCUCAAUCCCACCAACAAAUAAUGAUUAAUAAUAAUAAAAGUAAAUUAUUGGUUAAAAAAUGUCCCGAUGUAUGUACCGGAGUCGAUGUGAAUCAAUUGCCUAAUAUUAAUAAUACUAAUACUGAUACUGAUACUAUUAAAAAAAAAAAUAUAAAUAAAAAUAAAAAAAGUAAAUGCCCACUAGACGAUAAUGAUGAUGAUGGUGAUGAUGAUGAUGAUGGUAGAAUAGAUUGUAACAUAAUAAAUAACGAUGAUAAUACCCCUAAUGAAUUAAUUACCAACACUAGUGAUAACGAAAAUACUGCCCUACUACCCCCUACGCAUUUUCCUGAGUACAAGCAUUGA